AUAAAAAUUCCCCUAGAAAGAAAAUGCUUCAUUUGCCACGAAACCUAGUUAGUCCUGAAUCCUGAGUAGCGAACGCAAUUAUCAGUUCUUGGAUUUUCUUUCCUCUGCUCCCAGGACUUGGGAGAUGCCUUUAAAGCCUGGAGUAAUUCAUUUUUCUCAUUAAAGUUUCAGGAGUAAUUUUCUUUAUUAAGGGCAACAAUUGCUGGACCAACUGGUAGCUUCUGUUGGUCAUGGAGUUUUGAUGUCUUGAUGCAUACUAAUGAAGUAAAAAGCUGCAAAUGCGGAUACUGGGAGCGUGGACUUUCACGGAGAAAGAUUGGAGGCUAGAUGGUUGAGUCGACGAGCAGUGAUCAUGGAGGUGAUGGAGGUGGGAGGAGAUCAAGGGCUGGUUUUUGGUGGCUUGAAAUUGGUUCAGCAUAUUCAAGGGGUGGAGGAUUACUAGCUUUUGCUACAGCUGGUUUGACAUUUCCUUUCUACAUGGCAUCAUCGUCUAAGAAACAGCCUGUCAUCGACUCGUCAAAACCCUUGCCACCUCAGGCAACCUUUCGAGGACCAUAUAUUAACACCGGUUCACGUGAUGUUGGACCUGAUCAUCGUACUUAUCCAAAAAAUGAUUAAAUUCUGUUGUUACAUGUAAUAGUAUUUUGAUACUGUCCCCUGUUUUAUUUGUAAUCGAACUUCUAGCCUUGUAAUUUUGUAAUAAUAGACAAUAAUAUUGUAGCAACAAAAUGAAAUUUGAAUGAAUUGUUGCUAUAUCAGUGCGAUGUUAAAUUUAGAAUUGAAUGAGUUAUCUAAAAAGAUGAAUGCUGUGUUCAGUAUCA